AUGGAACGCAUUGAUUUGAAUCAAACUUCUUGUGCGGAGGCACAAAGUAGAAAUGAUGUGCAACAACAAAAUAAUCAUCAACAGACUGCAGCAAUGGAUAAUAAUGAGAAUACAACAACAAUAGAAGAAUCCUUUAAAAUAAUUUCUAGUUCCAACACUAAUGUUAUCAUUGAUAAGGAUUUAUUGGUUAGGCUUCAUCACUUUUAUACUAGUCUGGAAUCAAGUACUCACAUUCAACAGGAGGAUUUUAACAUUCUUUUAUUCGGAACAAGAAAACACACAUAUCAAAAUCAAAAUAUUUAUAUUGAAUCUUUUAAAAUUAUUUAUGAUGAAAAUAUAUUAAUUGAUUACAUUUCCAAGCACAAGGAUGGAAAUUUACAAUUGUUGGGAUUUUCUAUGAAUUUUGACAAUUUUGAUUAUGAUUUACAGGGAAAGAUAAAGAAACAGUUUCAAAAAUUCCACUAUAUGGUAUUAAAGCACUGUAUUUUACAAAGAUAUUCCGGAGGUAAACAUAAGAAUAUUUUGGAAAAGUAUAUUGGAUUGAAUAUCAAGUCGUUUGUACAGAAUCAAGUUUAUGGAGGAGAUAGUGAAGUUUUUGUUCAAUUAUUAGCAUAUUAUACCAAAGUAUUCUCACCAUAUUUGAAAAAUGAAUAUAUUGAUACAAUAUGUGCAAAUGCCUUGUUGGAUCAAUCAGAAAACUUUGAAUGUAAAAUAACAUAUAGACAAGAUAUUAAUUUAACUGUAAUUGCUGGUCAAUCAUCACAAUUUGGAAAUCAUUUUCCAUCCAUUUCAGAAUCUAAUAAUUCUUCUGGAGUAGAUGAGUGUAUGAAUCAUGUAUUUAUAGAAAAUAAUAACAUUCCUUACCUGGAAGGUUGGAUUAAUGAUCAAUUGACCAAUGAAAACUCCUCUGAAAUAUUAAAACUCUUGAAGGAAUAUGAGGAAUUGGAAAAAUUUAACAGCUCUCUAAGGGAAGAGCUUUAUUUGGUUGAACAAGAGGAAUAA